AUGACGGUGGACUAUAGAGAGUUAAAUAAGGUCAUGCCUCCUAUUCAUGCAGCCGUACCCACUAUUGCCUCCCUCAUGGACAUAUUGAGUAGAGAGAUAAAAGCUUACCAUUGUGUCCUGGAUUUGGCAAAUGUGUUCUUCAGUAUUCCAAUUGCUGAAGAGUUGCAAGUUCAGCUUGCAUUUACAUGGGGAAGCAGGCAGUGGACCUUUCAGGUCCUGCCACAAGGAUGGGAAGGUAAAUGGGAUGAAGCAGCUUAUGCAGCAUAUCCAUUGGAAUUCCUGGAUAUGUUGAGAGAUACCAUGAGAAAACAUACCCCCUUAGAUCCAGAGUCAGAGGUUGGUAUUCAGCAAUUAGUGUCAUUAUUCAUAGGGCAGUCAGCAGGGGAUAUAAGACGGAAAUUACAAAAGUUAAAGAGACCUGAAGCACGAAACUUGGAAAGUUUGCUAGAGGAGGCAUGGAAAGUGUUCAGUAACCGAGAGAAGGAGGAAAGAAAGAAAGGAGGAUGGCAGGACUUAUUGGAACAAUUGGAAGCAGAAGUAAAGUUUGAAGUAAAGGAAGAGCCUAUGAUAGAACUACUCAAUUUGGCCUUAAUAACUACCUCAGCAAGUACAGGGAUUCCAGAAGAAACCCCAAGAAUUAAACAAUAUCCCCUGAGGACAGAAGAUAGUGAGGGGAUACAACCAAUAAUUGACCAAUUCAUGAAACACAGUUUGCUGAUAGAAUGUGAAUCAAAAUAUAAUGCGCCAAUAUUACCAGUAAAAAAGCCUGACAGCGGUUACUGGGUGAUACAAGAUCUGAGGGCAAUUAACAAAAUAGUUGAGGAUUUGUAUCCUUUAGUAGUCAACCCGUAUACCUUGCUCACCAAAUUAUCCAAUGAACUAAUAUGGUUCACUGUUCUGGAUUUAAAGGAUGCCUUUUUCUGCUUGUCACUGGCCACAGAAAGCCAGCUAUUAUUUGCCAUUUAUUUCCCAUUUGUUUUCAAAUGGGAAAACCCCAGACAGGGUGAAUCACAGCUUACCUGGACUGUACUCUCACAAGGAUUUAAGAAUAGUCCCAUGAUAUUUGGGAACAAAUUAGUCAAAGACCUGGAGGAGUGGGAGCAUCCAUCUGAUGAAGGGGUACUAUUGCUGUAUGUGGAUGAUUUCUUAUAGCUACAGAAACAAAGGAAGAGUGUCUGAAGUGGACAGUUAGUUUACUAAAUUUUUCUUGGGCUUAACAGGUAUCAAGUCUCUCCACAGAAAGCACAAGUUGCUCAACAGCAAGUGACAUAUUUGGGGUAUGAGAUCGCUGCGAGGGACAUGAACGCUGGGAACUGCUUGAAAAGAGGCAGUUUGCCAAACCCCUGAGCCACACACACUCAAGGAGCUUUGAACGUUCCUUGGGAUGAUGGGAUGGUGCUGUUUAUGGAUACCUAAUUACAGAAUGAUUGUAAAACAGCUCCACAUGAUGUUAAAAUCCUGCUCAAAGGACUUAACUUUGGAUAAGGAGGCUAAAUGGGCAUUCUGGCAGUUGAAAAAGGAGUUGAUGAAAGCCCCAGCCUUGGGACUUCCAGAUGCCACUAAGCCCUUUCUACUGUUCUCCUAUGGAAAAACAGG